CCAGUACUUAAUUUGUAAUGUUUGUCACUCAUUUGUUAGGUCUUCUUAGAAACUUUAUCAGUUAAAAUGAAUCUAUGUAGGAGAGAUAUAGGACAGAUCCCCUUGAAUGACCCUACAACAGAAAUAUAUUAUGAUUUUUUUCAGAAAAUACCAAUAUGAAGAGAAAUCAACCAAGUGGGUUUCAGCAAUGAAAAAUGAAGAAGGCGAGAGAAAAGUCAGCUGAGGCAAUGUCUGGAUCAAUUUUAAAAUAUGUGGUACCCUCAACAUCUACCGAAGUAGGAGAAGAUACUGAAGACAUUCAAUCUAGUGAAACACCAGAAGUAUCUUCUCAAGGUUUAUAUAAAAAUAUACAAGAAUUGGAGGAGGGAGAUGCCAGCAAAAGUUUGCACCAGGAAGACUUUGUUGAAGAGGAAGAGGAAGAAGAAGAGGAGGAGGAAGAGGGAGAUGCCAGCAAAAGUUUGCACCAGGAAGACUUUUCGGAAGAGGAAGAAGAGGAAGAAAAGGAAGAGGAGACUGGUAAACUAUCAGUUUAUUCUGAUAUUGCUGCUUGGCCAGUCCCAGUUCCAGAUGACUUAAAAGUGGACCUCAUUAAAAGGGGAAGUGAACCUUUCCAAAAUAGGGAUGGGCCUUUCGGUGUGGUUCAAAGGCAAGGAAAGAAAUCAAAAGGGACGAGUCGACAGCUGACCACAUCAUGGUUCUAUAAAGCUCUGCCAAAUGGAGAGAAAGUUCUUAGAACGUGGAUGGUGUACUCCCCUUCAAAAGAAAGUUUGUUUUGUUUUUGCUGCAGACUUUUUGCUCUUAAUGAAGACACAACCAGAACUUCCAGUUUUGUCACUGGGUUUCAAGUGUGGUGGAAACUGAACCCAAGGGUGCCUGAUCAUGAGGCUUCUGAACUGCAUCUUACAUGCUUGGAGAAAUGGAAGACCUUGAGAGCAGGAUUGAAGCUACAUAAAUGCAUUGAUCAAGUCCAUCAAACAACUAUGGACAAAAUGAAAAAGACAUGGAGGGAUAUUUUGCAUCGCCUCUUGGAUGUAACUUUGUUUAUGGCUCGCCAGAAUCUACCUUUUCGUGGUCAUAGAGAAACCAUGGCAUCAGCAAACAAAGGAAACUUCCUGGAAUUGGUAGGCUUGCUCUCAAAUUAUGAUCCAGUUUUAAAGGAACAUUUCAUAAGACUUAAACAUUCUAUUACAUCUGGGAAGAGAAUGUACUCCUAUUUGUCUCCAAAAAUUCAGAACGAAUUCAUUUGUCUCCUGGGGAAUCACGUGAAAGAGAAAAUAGUGGCUGACAUCAAGAAAGCAAAGUACUUUGGGAUUCUUUUUGACAGCACCCCUGAUGUGUCCCACACUGAUCAGAUGUGUGAGGUGAUUAGACAUGUCCACAUUGAAGGUGACCAUGUUGAAGUAAAGGAAUCUUUCUUGGGCUUCUUCCCUAUUGCUGGAAAAACUGCUGCUGACCUCACAGAAAAUAUCCUAAAACAUCUGGAGAAAGAUGGAUUGGACAUAAGCCUUUGCCGUGGUCAAGGAUACGACAAUGCUGCAACUAUGGCAGGAAUUCAUGGUGGUGUUCAGGCAAAGAUAAAAGAGAUUAAUCCAAAGGCUUUGUUUGUGCCUUGUGCAAACCAUUCUCUGAACCUUUGUGGGGUGCACUCAUUUGGAAGUGUUGCUUCCUGUGUGACUUUUUUUGGAACAUUGGAGAGAUUAUAUUCCUUCUUUUAAUUUUCCACUCAUCGUUGGGAACUGCUGAUGGAGAAUGUAGCCAUGACAGUGAAAAGACUUUCCCAGACAAGAUGGUGUGCACAUUAUGAUGCUGUGAAACCUGUGAGGGCAAAUUUUGAAAAAUUGACUUCAGCCCUUGAAAUCCUGUGUAAUCCCCAAGAAAAUGUGGACACAAGAGGAUCAGCUCAGACGUUGCUGGCUGCUGUAUGUGAUUUUUCAUUUUUGUGUUACCUUUCUUUCUGGUGUGAAGUUCUGGAAGAAACUAAUAUCACACAAAAGUAUUUACAAACAGUGGGAAUUACUCUUGAAAAGUCAGUUGUGAAGCUACAAGCACUGAAAUUGUUUCUUGCAAAUCAAAGAAACGAAAUUGUGGAGAGGGCCAUUUGUUAUGCAACUAAAAUGUGUGAGGAAAUGAACAUUUCUAUGGAGAGAAGAGGGAGAGUAAAGCUCAGGAAAACAAUGCCAGGCGAGAAGGCAAAAGAUGCUGGUCUCACAUUGCCAGAGGAAAUUAAAAGAGCUAUGUUUGAGUGCCUUGAUAGGUUUAAUCAGGAGUUGAUAAUUCGUUCUAAGGCAAUGGAAAAAAUCCUUUCAAUCUUUGGGAUUAUUCAGCCAAACUCUUUGGUUGUUACAACAGAAAAGGAUCUUCGGAAUUAUACUCCAAAAUUGAGUGAGAUUUUUGACGAAUUUUCAGAUGAAGACAUCUAUGUGGAAAUUGAACGCCUUCGGAGGCAUUUGGAAGCUGCCAAAAUCAGCUUUGAAGAAGCAACGAAAUGGACAACAUUGCAGUUCCUAGAGUUCAUUGUGAAAUGGGAUUUUUGUGAAUCUCUGCCAAACUUGUCCCUGUGUCUACGAUUCUUUUUGACUCUCUGUGUAUCCAUUGCUUCAUGUGAAAGAAGUUUUUCGAAAUUAAAAUUGAUAAAAAAUUUCUUCCGUUCCACCAUG